CAUCAGGUUUCGGUGCGACUCGUCUCAACACAGCUCAAGAAUGAACUGACUGGUUUCACCAUCAUUAAAUCAUAUUAAUUCUUGACCCCUUUAUCUACCGUACUUGUCUAUCUCUUCACACAUUAUCGGCGAACUGAUGAGUGCCCAGCGGAGUGCCAUCUCAAAGCCUCUCUUAACCGAGUAAGCCGGGCAUGGCGGGCAUACAAUUUUCCCUGAUUUGGAUCGUAUAUGCAAUUGUGAUUGCAAUUUUGCUCGGGGUAGCUUCGAUUUUCAUCUAUGUCUAUAAUACAUCCAGAGAACGUUCGCGCCCUGUGAUACUGGUCUCGAUCAUCGCCAUCACCACUCUUCUUGCUACUGUUCUGCUGCAGCCAGUUGAUGUUGCUCUAGUGUCUGUCACAAACUCAUCUAAGCGAGGCCAGCGUAAAAGCUGGGCUUCUCAGGAUGAGGUUGAUGAAAUCGUGUUUUCCCUCAAAGUCGUAUACUAUUUGCUCUAUACCUUGGACAUAUUCCUGGUCCUGCUGGUGAUUCCUUUCACGUAUUUCUGGUAUGAGGAAUAUGAUGAAGUGGCUGUGCAAGAGGGAGAACAGACAGCUGGAAAGCGUGUCUGGGGUGCUUUGAAGUACACGAUUGGUUUCUUAAUAUUUACCGCCAUCUUGUUUAUUAUUGGCCUUUUCGUUCCCAUAUCUGCUGAAUCAGGUCGAAACCCUGAAUAUUUCAAGAAAUUGCUCACAGAGAAUCGUGGCGAGAGAAUGCUAGCAUUUACACUGGGGGUUUUGAUUACCCUUGGAACAUGCCUCUAUGUUGUUUAUACAUCAACCGGAAUUGCAUUGCUUCCCAUCACUCUCAUCAAGACCGCGCCAUCCAUCUCAAACCCAGCCCUAAAGGCCAAUACAUCUACUCGACUCGAAGCGAACCGCGAACGUCAACGCCAACUAGAUGCCCGCUGUGGAGGUGACCCUGGCCAGCUCUCUUCCAAAGACCGCAGAGAAUUAGAUGUCUUGGUGCGAGAGGAAAGAACGCUUAUCAGAAGACAGAGGCUUAUUGAGGAGGCCCAAGGCGAGACGAGAAACUGGAUUAUACAAGCAUGGUACAAAAUUGGAGCACUCCUGAGACCAUUCAAACUCCUCGGAGGUAUCCUCCUUUUGCUGAUAUCCCUCAUCAUCUGGAUCUCAAUGCUUCUCACAGCGAUAGACAAGGCCAAAAACUCUGUAUGCAAGAGCAACUGCGGCUAUAUAUUAGGCCACAUCAACGUCUUUAACCCAGUCAAUUGGGUCUUUGUCCACUCCGCAAAAGUCUUCCCCGUGGAUUACGUGCUGUUCACACUUCUUGUGCUACUGUUCUUCACUAGCUCUGUUGUCGGUAUUGCAACUGUGGGAAUUAGGUUUCUGUGGAUCAAAAUAUUCCAAAUUCGCAGGGGCCAUACCUCGCCUCAAGCGCUUCUUAUGGCAACUACCAUGCUGACCUUUAUCACAUUGGCUCUGAACUACUCUAUCGCGAUGAUUGUUGCUCCGCAAUAUGCUACUUUUGGUCCUCAAACAUUUUGCGACAAGCCUGUGCCACCUUCCCUCACACAACCAGACUGUUCGGACAACAAAGAUCUCAUCAAACCAUGCUCAGAAACUGCUGAUAACCCAGCUGCUAAAGAUAUAUGCACACCUAGUGUUGUGAGCACAUUUCUGAAUCGUGUGACCUUGAGUUUCCCCUUCUUUGGUGUUAUAUUCUUCUGGGCGCAGUUCGUCUUCCUAGGUCUCUAUCUCAUAGUCUUCAUAACCUCGCUAGUUCGUACACCAAAAUUAGACGAACGCCAGAUUGACGAGGACGCUGAAGAAGAUGAGGAAGAAAGCUUAUUAGCCACCACAGCACAGCGCUUCAAUGCGAAUUGGCAGGAUAUCGCAGGUGAACAGAGGUCAAAUGGUUCCUAAACCUACGACCACUGGGCCGAAUAAUCAUGUAAUAUUUAGUUACUUUCUACUUAGUUUAAUAGUGUGAUGGGAUACACGCAAUCGGUUAUGGUUAGGUA